AGCCGGAACAUGUACACAUUUGUGACGGUUCAGAAGCUGAAGCAACUGCCUUACUGCAAUUGAUGCAGCAACAGGGCACCGUGAAACCAUUGCCGAAGUAUGAGAACUGCUGGUUGACUCGUACUGACCCAGCGGACGUGGCCCGUGUGGAAUCCAAAACAUUCAUCUGCUCUGAACAUGAACGCGACGUGGUUCCAGUGGCCCGAGCUGGCCAGAAGUCGGCCCUGGGCAACUAUAUAUCACCAGCUGAUUAUGAUAAGGCUGUUAUUGAUAGAUUCCCUGGAUGCAUGCGUGGUCGUACAAUGUACGUUAUCCCGUUUUCGAUGGGCCCGGUGGGCUCUCCGCUGUCGAAGAUCGGCGUUGAGGUGACCGACUCACCCUACGUCGUCUACUCAAUGCGUGUCAUGACUAGAAUGGGCAGCAAAGUUCUAGAAGCCCUCCGAAAAGACGAGAACUUCGUACGUUGCUUGCAUUCAGUGGGUCGCACUAAUAACCCCACCACCGGCUGGCCUUGCGACCCCCCACGUACCAUCAUCUUACACAGACCAGUUGACAACGAGAUCAUCAGCUACGGAAGUGGCUAUGGAGGUAACAGUCUUCUCGGCAAGAAAUGUUUCGCUCUUCGUCUUGGUUCCGUACUGGCAAGACGCGAGGGAUGGCUUGCAGAACAUAUGCUGAUCGUAGGCAUUACAGAUCCCAAAGGUCGUAAGCGGUACAUCGCAGCCGCGUUCCCCUCCGCUUGUGGAAAGACUAAUCUCGCGAUGAUGACGCCCAGCCUCCCUGGGUACAAGGUGGAGUGUGUGGGAGAUGAUAUCGCUUGGAUGAAAUUUGACAAGAACGGAGUUUUGCGGGCCAUCAAUCCUGAGAAUGGGUUCUUUGGUGUUGCACCAGGUACAUCUGAAUCAACGAAUCCCAUAGCAAUGGCGUCCGUGUUUCGCAACACCGUGUUCACAAAUGUAGCGGAGACCGCUGAUGGAGGUGUAUGGUGGGAGGGCAUGGGGGCAGCGCCCGAGGGAAUAGUUGACUGGAAGGGCAAACCUUGGAACCCUGCUACUGGAACCCCAGCUGCUCAUCCUAACUCCAGAUUCUGCACCCCAGCAGAACAAUGCCCAAUAAUAGACGACCAGUGGGAGAGUUCUGAAGGAGUGCCCAUCUCCGCCAUUUUGUUCGGAGGUCGCCGACCUGAAGGAGUACCUUUAGUGGUAGAAGCAAGGGAUUGGCAACAUGGUGUCUUCAUGGGAGCUACCAUGAGAUCUGAGGCAACUGCCGCUGCUGAGCAUGCGGGUAAAGUAAUAAUGCACGACCCGUUCGCGAUGCGUCCAUUCUUCGGUUACAACUUUGGAGAGUACCUCCGCCACUGGUUGUCCAUGCCGCAGGAAGGCAGAAACAUGCCGAAGAUCUUCCAUGUCAACUGGUUUAGGAAGAAUGAACAGGGUAAAUUCCUCUGGCCAGGUUUCGGCGAGAACUCCAGGGUACUUGACUGGGUGCUCCGUCGCUGUGACGAGGAGCCAUGCCACCAGGAAACCCCCCUGGGCCGUGUCCCUGCAGACGGAGCCUUGCACACUGACGGUCUUGGUGAAGUUGACGUGAAACAGCUAUUUAGCAUACCUAAGGACUUUUGGAUGAAUGAAGCUGAUUGUAUAGAAAAGUACUUCAAAGACGAAGUGGGUGACGAUCUCCCUAACGAAAUGUGGGAUGAAUUGAAGAAACUAAGGAAAAACAUCCAACAGUCCUAGACUUUAGCCAAAGAUAUUAGUUAUUAAGACUAGAUUAAGUUUAAUUACUUUCAAUGUGACACGAUAUUCUUACAUUUUUCAAAUAAUUCAUUCGUAUUUUAUGAAUCUAUGCAUGUAAGUUAUGAAAAAAAUAUUUAAAUUGACCAAUUCAUUACAAAAAAAUCAAUAUAAUUUAUAAUAGACAUUUUUUAUACACUGGCAACUCUUAAAGAUGUAUUAAAAAUUCAAAGGCUGUGCUUUUUUUAGGUUAAAGUUUACAAUAAAUAUUUUGUAUAUAAUUAUAUGACAUGC